GGAACAGUAAACGUGUUACACGUGCGAUCGGUUUCAUUUACAUGUGUGCGUUAUGUUGUUAUUUUUGUGCUUGUGUGCGUUAGCGGCUGCGUCUGCGCAAGACGCGCCAACGGUGAACAUAAAGCAAGGUGUCAUAAUAGGAUCUCGAGUCGCUGAUGGAAAUUACUUAUCAUUCUAUGGAAUUCACUAUGGCGGUCCAACCUCGGGUGAAAAUAGAUUCAAGGCACCAACUGAACCUCCUGUAUACCCUGGCGAAUAUCACGCUGUCAGCAGCGACAUAAUAUGCGCUCAACCGUCUCCACGAGGACUCAUUGGUAUUGAGGACUGUCUUGUGCUCAACAUUCACACAAAGAACUUGACAACGCCAAAACCAGUAAUAGUUUGGCUUGAAGGCGAAGAAUAUCAAUCGACGAGCAAGAUUUUGUAUUCAUUUAAGGAAUUAGUUCAAAAAGAUGUAGUAGUUGUGUCUAUUAACUAUAGGCUUUCUAUUUUUGGUUUCCUUUGUCUAGGCGUUCCUGAAGCGCCUGGUAAUGCUGGAUUGAAAGACGUCAUCCAUGCAUUAAAAUGGAUUCAAUCUAACAUAGCCGCGUUCGGAGGGGAUCCCAGCAAAGUAACAUUACUCGGUCAUGGAUCUGGAGCAGCUAUGGUAGAUCUGAUCACUUUGUCACCAUUAUCGAAAGGCUUAAUUCAUUAUGCCAUGGUCCUCAGUGGUUCCGCGUUAGCUCCGUGGGCUAUGGCGUAUGAUCCUAUAGGUUAUGCAAAGGAAUUUGGAGCGAAAUUACAAUAUACUGACAAAAACCCUAGUAAAUUAGCUAAAUUGCUUUCAACGACUGAUAUAAAUGUACUUUCUAGUGUACUAAACGAGUUUGAAUUUUAUAACAAUACGCCAUUAUUUGCUCCCUGUAUUGAAAACGUUAAAUUGAAUCCAAAUGGUACAUUUAUUUCUGAUGCUCCGAUUAAUAUAUUGAGAUCUGGGAAGUAUACUGAUAUACCUUACGUGGCUGGUUUCACGGACAGGGAAGGUACAAUGCGUGCUAAAGAAGCCGCUCUUAAUAAUUGGCUUGACAAAAUGAAUAAUAACUUUGAGGACUUUUUAACGGUGGACCUUGCAUUUAAGUCUAAAAACGAUAGGUUAAAUGUAAGCAAGAUUGUUCGUGAGUUUUAUUUCAACCAACGCAUGGUUAAUAUGGAAACUAUUGAAGAUUUCUUAGACUACCAAGGAGACGUUUUAGUACUAGUACCAGUUACAAGAGGAACUAUUGAGAGAGCCCUUACUUCGAAAUCUGCAGUGAGAAUGUUUGAAUUUGCAUUUCGAGGCGCCAAAAACUCUGACUGGGCAUAUCCUCAAAUACCUUUGACCGGUGUGAGGCACGGUGGUAUUCUGAAUUAUCUGUUUGAUUACGAUUUAAAAGAAAAAUCAAAUAAUGAUCCAAAAAAAUCGAUGGUAGAGCGAACUGUGCAUUUUGCUCAAACGGGGAUACCUCAACCAACAAACAGUGUGGAAUGGAGACCUAUAACAAGCAGUAGCAUCAACUUGCUGUACUUAAGUGGCGGAGAGGUUCAAACUGACCUUAUCAUAUACAAGGAAGAAGGAUUAGGCAAUCGUAAUAGUGAACGGACAGACUUUUGGAACAAGAUUUUUGAUGAAUAUUAUCAACCGCCGAGACCUGUAUCUUCUGCGAAUAAUCUGCUAGGCUUUGGACUAAUUACAUUAAUCACGCAUAUUUUUAUUACAUUUUUAUAAAUAUUAUAUUAUUUAGAUAGUUUUUUGUAAAGCAAAUGCAUGUGACAGGUAAUAUACGUAACGUAAAGGUAAAUGAAAAAUAUUUUAAAUAAGGCUUUUUUAUCUAUCACAAGAAAAGUUUUUUUUUUAUAUUGUUGUUGUAUAAAGCUUUAUAUUAUAUAACAUUCAUACAAAAAUAAUAUAUUAUAUUUAUAUAUGAGCAAAGACUUGGUAUUAAUAGUUCAAUUUAAAAAUAAUUUCUGCGAAAUCAUGAAAACGUGAAAGGUGCUAACAGUAUUAAACCUAUUCCUUAUGUUUAAAAAAUGAAUUUAAUGUAUUAGAAUAAGUUCCUUAUAAUUUAAGAAUUAAUUAUGUGUAAAUUAUAUUCCAUUACAAAUAUGUACCUUAAAGUAUCAUUACGCAGCUAUUACAAUAUUAAAUAUAAAAAAUUUAGUUUAUAAUACUUUUUUAUUAAUUUGACUGUUAUAGCAGAAAUGGAUAAGGACAUUUUUUCAUGAUUAAAUUGGAAAACAUAUUACCUUACGGGUAUGAUAUCCUUUACAUAAGUAUGAUUACUUUGUUAUUGCCAGUUGGUUUAUCGACUUCCAUAUGAGGUUGUUGAACCCCACUACCAGUUUUGAAAUCCAAAUAAUCAAAUUUGGAAAGGAUGUUUUUUGUUUCAAUUAUUUUUGUUAGAAAUUGCAAUUGUUAAUGCAUAUAUGCUUGGAUGACACUCAAGAGCUAUAAUAUUUAGCUGUUAGCCUUAGAUAAUUAUUGUGAAAUUCCACACCUACUACAGUUUUUUUUAUAACUAUUUAAUUCUGACGGAUUGGUAGAUACUUGCCUUUCAGGCGAAGGUUGAGACGCCGAACCUUUGGGUUCGAUUCCCGCCCAGGACAGACAUUUGUGUGCAUGAACAUGUCUGUUUGUCCCAAGUCUGGGUGUAAUUAUCUAUAUAUAAGUUAAUAUUUACAAAAUAAAAGUAGUAUAUGUCGUAUAUCAGUUGACUGGUUUCCAUAGUACAAGCUCUGCUUAAUUUGGGAUCAGAUGGCCGUGUGUGAAUAAUUAAUUAAAAUACAACACGAAGGAAAUAUUAUUUUUUCAUUCAAGUUUGAUUCAACAAUUUUUCGAAAUCUCGCAUGAGUAAGUGUAAAAAUAAAAUUAGUUAUGCCUUUAAAAUUAAUAAGUAUAUAAGUUUUUGUGUUAAAUGUGCGUUGGAUGAUUUGAAAACAAUUUAUAAUGCAAUAAAAAUUAAUAAAAUGAGAUUUUUUUAUUAACCGAACACGUCUAUGUCAUAAGAAGUGAUAAAAAUAUGUUUUCGGUAUUGAAAUGCUACAUUUCGUAUCCAGCUACAGGCUACACUGUUCUUUAUUUUGUAGGGAAAUAAACUUA